AACUACAUUUAUGCUUCAACUAUAAUCGAAUCUACACUGCUAGUCAGAUCAGUCUAUUACCAGACGUCUUAUCUUAUCGGAUCUCCUCCCGAGCUCACUCACUACACAACCACGCUAAUCCGGCACCGAGCGGGCUAUUCCGGAACCGAGAACAACCAACAACCACGAUAACCAAUUCUUCAACCUCUAUCCAUUGCUUGUUCAACCAUUAGGCGCGUCAAUUUCAGUCUCGUUGCGUUUCCAAUCAAAAAUCUAGAAGAAGGAGAAGCUGCGAAAAUGCGUACCACAGCAGUUUUGAAGAAUGCUGCUCGCACUCCUUUGAUCAAGUUCUUGGGAAAGCGCACCACGCCAGCUUCCAUUGACCAUACCCCGCAUGCUCACCCUGCUUCUCCCACUCAGACUCUACCCGACUCAUUCGCUUCGUACCGAGCCAAAGCCCAACAACACGGUCCUCUAAACACUCCCGGCCGCGCCUCAUCUCAGUCGUACGGCGCAAUUGGCGGCACCCCCGGUGCCACUUUGGGACCUGUUGAGCCUCGCAAGGGCGAAUUCUUCGAUCGCCAGGAAUUGCCUUCUCGCUUCCAUCGGCUACCUUGGAGCGAGUUGGAAAUUGAGGCCAUUGAGACUGGCGGCGCCAGUCUUUACAACUAGAGUGAUUGGCACUCAACCCUUAAAAGUUGGAUACCUGUGACGAUACAGGUCCUUUAUAUGCAGCAUGAUUUGGCGUGAGACGAGCAGAUUUGGCAUUAUUCUUAUAAAGUUCAUUGGAUGAGAGAGGGGGGUGGAGAGAUGAUGAAGACGGGCACGGCUUCGCAAGAAUAACUCAAGAUAUUUGAUACUCGUGUGUCCUGGGCGUCGUUGUAUCCUUGCGAAGCAGGCAAUGCUAUCCCGCUCUUGCAGUCAACGCAGUCACACAAAUCCGCUCGUCUUCUCGACUCAUCAUUUCCAGCAAUAUGGUCUAGCAGAUUCAACAUUGACCAAUUGCGCCGAGAGAACGAUUGACCGAUGAAUGUCACACUCCAUCUUUCAUGUGAUCUGGACCUCGGGAAGACCACCCCUGCAUUUUUCACAUUCUUAUUGAAUUGCGUACUUUCACCACUCCAUAUCAUUCAGUUGCUUGGCGUGCCGGUGUUCGCCUGUCUUUUACUUGUUGGGCGAUUAUUAGUUAUACCAUGUACAUAGCCUAUUUCCUUCUGUCGGUCGUUUCUGAGAGAACGAUUUGAAUCACAAAUAAGUAUUCAUU